UCUUUCUGUUUCAGAAGAAAAAAUUUCAAGUCGAAAUAAAUACAGUGCAGAGCCCACGUCGAUUUUCCAUUCUCCAUUCCUCUUAAGAUCCAAACGCUCAAACCCCUUUCAGAAAGCAUUUCGUGUUUCCAUUUUACUUCUGAUAAAACAAAGACUCUCUCAAAACUCGAAAAUAUUUUUCAUUUAUAUUUCUUUUCUCACAACACAAAGUACUAGUUUUUAUCGAUUUCUUAGAUUCAUCAAAUUUUAGUUUUUUCCGCUAAAUGCAAUUCUUCUUAUUCUGCAAACUUCCUUUUAAAGCUACAUUUUUUAGAUGCCUCCUUCACAAUUGAUUCCUUUUUGGUAAAGCAAAAUUUGGGUUGCUGUUCCUUAUUUGUAUUCUAAACUCUAAAGUUUUUUGCUUUAGCCGCAAACUAAUCGUUUAUGUUCCAUUCUUUCUAAACUUCUCUUUUGCUUUCUAAUUAAAAAAAAAAAAAAUCUUCAUUUUAGCAUUUGAGUGAUUUUUGUUUAGUUUUGGCUUCUGGAUAUUUUUGUUUUGGUGGAAUUGGUUUUUGGUUAUCUGGGUGUUUGUGAUCUUGUGGUUUGAGUUGCAGUUGAAGUUUAACUUGUUGACUUAUUUGCUUUGAAGAGUUUUCAUGCUUUGUUGUUAAGAUGCAGCCUGAUCAAAGAAAAAAGAGAAUGUAGACCAGAUACUUCUGUUGUUCUUAUACUUAUAUUGAGGUGUCGGCAAAAGCAAAUCCUUGAUGAUGAGGGAUGGAAAAAGGUCAUCUGCAGAUGUGGACUUCUUCACAGAAUAUGGUGAGGGGAGCAGAUACAAAAUAGAGGAAGUGAUCGGUAAAGGAAGCUAUGGUGUUGUUUGCUCUGCAUAUGAUACACAUACUGGAGAAAAGGUUGCAAUUAAAAAAAUCAAUGAUAUCUUCGAGCAUGUCUCUGAUGCCACUCGCAUCCUUCGUGAGAUUAAACUUCUUAGACUCUUGCGUCAUCCGGACAUUGUCGAGAUCAAGCACAUCCUGUUACCUCCUUCUAGACGGGAAUUCAAAGAUAUAUAUGUUGUUUUUGAACUCAUGGAAUCUGAUUUACACCAGGUUAUUAAAGCAAAUGAUGAUUUGACUCCAGAACACUACCAAUUUUUUCUUUAUCAGCUUCUGCGAGGUCUUAAGUACAUCCAUACAGCAAAUGUCUUUCAUCGGGACCUGAAGCCCAAGAAUAUCUUAGCAAAUGCGGACUGUAAACUCAAGAUCUGUGACUUUGGUCUUGCAAGAGUAGCUUUCAGUGAUACUCCAACUGCUAUUUUUUGGACAGAUUAUGUUGCAACAAGGUGGUACAGGGCUCCUGAAUUGUGUGGAUCAUUUUUCUCAAAGUAUACACCAGCAAUUGAUAUAUGGAGCAUUGGUUGUAUCUUUGCUGAACUUUUAACUGGGAAGCCUCUUUUCCCUGGAAAAAAUGUUGUUCAUCAAUUAGACCUCAUGACCGAUCUGCUUGGAACUCCAUCUGCUGAAGCCAUUGCCAGGGUAAGAAAUGAGAAAGCUCGGAGAUACUUGAGCAGCAUGCGGAGGAAAAAGCCCAUUCCUUUCUCUCAGAAGUUCCCUAAUACCAAUCCCCUCGCACUUAAUUUAUUAGAAAAAAUGUUGGCAUUUGAACCCAAGGAUCGACCUUCAGCAGAAGAGGCCCUUGCUGAUCCAUAUUUCAAGGGUUUAGCCAAGGUUGAGAGAGAGCCUUCUGCUCAACCAGUUACCAAGAUGGAAUUUGAAUUUGAGAGACGAAGGAUUACAAAGGAAGAUGUAAGGGAGCUUAUAUACCGAGAAAUUCUUGAAUACCAUCCUAAAAUGUUGAAAGAGUACUUAGAAGGUUCGGAUCCAACAGGCUUCAUGUAUCCAAGUGCUGUUGAUCAUUUCAAAAAGCAAUUUGCUUACCUUGAGGAGCACUAUGGAAAUGGCGCUACUGUUGCUCCACCCGAGAGGCAACAUGCAUCAUUACCCAGGCCAUGCGUAUUGUACUCUGAUAAACCAGUACAGAACACUGUAGAGGUCACAGAUAAUCUUUACAAGUGUUCGAUCAAAGAAUUUGAAAAGCCACCUUUAAAUAGAACUUCUGGGAUACCUAUGACAAGGCUCCCUCUUCAAGUUGCUCAAAGUACCCAAGCAGUUGCUGCAAGACCUGGGAAAGUUGUCAGUUCAGUAUUGCGCUAUAACAAUUGUGGAGCUGCAGUGGCAGCAGAGGCUCUUGAUCAGCGAAGGGUGGCUAGGAAUGCUGCUGUCUCUUCUCAAUAUCCUGCUAGUUCAUAUCAAAGAAGAAAUCCUGUAUGUAAAAAUGACUCUGCUGAUGAUGAAUCCGUUGAAAGGUCCAACGGUUUGCAGCCAAAGCCUCAUUACAUGGCACGCAAGCUUGCUGCUGCUCAAGGUGGUUCUGGAAGUAACUGGUAUUGACUCCAUGUCGUGUUCUUCUUCUUGUAGAUUCUAUUGCCUACAGUCAGCUGAUGAUGGUGGUUACAUAUCGCUGCAGAUUAAUGUGCUCUCAAUUAAGUAUCUCAAUAUUCCAAUGGUAUGUUUUACCAGCACAGGCCUGCAGGUACUGAAGUUUGGAACUCUAUGUUGCAGAAAGCUCUCUAGUUGUAAUUUAUAGCACUAACUAGAAAGGUGGAAGGGUAAUUUCAUGCGCCACUGCCCACGACCCUGUUCUUGUAUGAUGAAAACUAUAACCAAGACACAAGGCAUGUCCUCAUGAAUGAGGAAAAGGCAAGCAAUUCCUUGAGCAACCAAGUUCUCUGUAUUCUCCUAAAUCUUUUCAGACUAGAAUUAAGUUAUUACCACUUUGUUCUCCAUGUCUUGUUUAGGUUAUCUUGGGCCAUAACUGUUAAUUGUUGUAUCCUUUUUAUGUACUUUCUCAACUUGAAAGAAUUGCGUCUGUUUUUGCUCCUCUUUCACA